AUGUCUCAACAAUCUGGAGCUUUGCAAAGAAUUUUGGCUAUUUCUAGUGUUACCGCUGUGGCAGCAUUGGCAGGUUAUGCGGUUUACUUUGAUCACCAGAGAAGAAACAAUCCAAACUUCCGUAAAAGCUUGAAGCGUAAGCUCAAGAAACAUGCAGAGGAAGAAAAACUAGAAAAGGAGAGAGCCAAGCAAUUGAAAUUAGCACAGGUUGGCGAGUAUUUGAGUGCAGAACUGGCGAAAGACCCGGUAUCUACAGACCCAGCGCAAAGAGAAAUUGUGUUCACGUCGAACGUGGAAAUGGGAGAAAAACUGGCCAGCGUUCCAGGAAACGAACUAGAAGCCGCAUCUAAGUUCUACAAGGCUCUUAGUGUGUACCCUAACCCAGCUGACUUGCUAGGCAUUUACCAGAGGAGUGUUCCAGAGGGCGUGUAUGAGUAUGUCGUGUUGAUGAUUGCCAUCAUGCCACCAGUCAACGUGUCAACCUUCUUGAGCGGCAGUGCUCAGGGUGGUCCUGCUGCCAUGGCCCAGGCCGUUUCUGGCCAGGCCGAAGGCAAGGUGGGCGAGAUCGACGAAUAA